GCAGGCUCUCGUGGACGCGCUCCAACGCUAUAAAUCCAUUGUCCUCCUGCUCGCGCCAGCACACGUCUGCUCCUCGGCUCCACGCAAGAAAAUCUGUCUUAUUGUCGUCGAACUUUUACAUUCAUAAUGAGGGAAAUCGUGCACAUCCAGGCCGGACAAUGCGGUAACCAGAUUGGCGCGAAGUUCUGGGAGGUGAUCAGCGACGAACACGGCAUUGAUCCUACAGGGACGUAUCAUGGAGACAGUGACCUGCAGCUAGACAGGAUCAGCGUCUACUACAAUGAAGCAACAGAGGUAAAAUAUGUGCCUCGGGCCAUUCUGGUGGACUUGGAGCCUGGCACCAUGGACUCUGUGAGGUCUGGACCUUUUGGUCAAAUCAGACCUGACAAUUUUGUCUUUGGUACUGGUGCUGGAAACAACUGGGCCAAAGGUCACACCGAGGGAGCAGAGUUGGUUGACUCUGUCCUGGAUGUUGUGCGUAAGGAGUCUGAGAGCUGCGAUUGCCUGCGGGCUUCCAGCUCACUCAACUCGCUGGGUGGCGGAACUGGAUCUGGCAUGGGAACCCUACUUAUUAGCAAGAUCCGUGAAGAGUACCCAGACCGUAUUAUGAACACCUUCAGUGUGGUCCCCUCACCUAAGGUGUCAGACACAGUGGUUGAGCCCUACAACGCCACUCUCUCAGUCCAUCAGCUUGUGGAGAACACGGAUGAGACCUAUUGCAUUGACAAUGAGGCACUAUACGACAUCUGCUUCCGCACUCUCAAACUGACCACACCCACUUAUGGAGAUCUCAACCAUUUGGUGUCUGCCACAAUGAGUGGGGUCACCACCUGCCUGCGCUUCCCUGGGCAACUCAAUGCUGACCUGCGCAAAUUGGCAGUCAACAUGGUACCUUUCCCACGCUUGCACUUCGUUAUGCCUGGUUGUGCCCCACUGACCAGCAGGGGUAGCCAACAAUACAGAGCGCUGGACAGUUCCAGUCUCACCCAGCAGGUGUUCGAUGCCAGAACAUGAUGGCUGCCAUGCGACCCACGCCACGGCCGCUAUCUGACAGUCGCUGCCGUGUUCCGUGGCGUAUGUCCAUGAAGGAUGGUUGAUGAGCAGAUUGCUCAACGUGCAGAACAAAACAGCAGCUACUUCGUUGAAUGGAUUCCCAACAAUGUCAAGACAGCAGUCUGUGACAUUCCUCCCCGUGGCCUCAAGAUGGCAGUCACUUUCAUCGGCAACAGCACGGCCAUUCAGGAAUUGUUCAAGCGCAUCUCUGAGCAGUUUACAGCCAUGUUCCGUCGUAAGGCCUUCUUGCAUUGGUACACGGGUGAAGGCAUGGAUGAGAUGGAGUUCACUGAGGCAGAUAGUAACAGGAAUGACCUGGUGUCAGAGUAUCAGCAGUACCAGGACGCCACUGCUGAAGAAGAGGGCGAGUUUGAUGAGGAGGCUGAAGAGGAUACAAACACACCUGCUCCAUUGUCAUCACCUGAUCAAGAGGACAUAAAAAAGACUCUGGCCCAAAGAAGCUGUCUCACGUUUGAACAAACUCCUACUCAUCCAGAACGGACACUGGUCCCAGAAUCUGACUCUGAUUCAGAUGGAGAAAGAGAAGGAACAAGAAGUAGAGGCCAAAUCACAGCAGUGUCUGCUGCUGACUCACUUAUCUGUAGCCCCGCCUCUUCUACAAAUGCAAAGACCAUCAUCCCUGAGAGUGAGGAUGAACUUUCCAUCAUCCGCUCCUGCACUAAAAAUAGGCCUGACCAAAAUGUCAGUGUCUGUAAGGAUCAGGCUGACAUAGAUGCGAUGCAACAGCAAAAUGAGCAGGGCUUUGUUGUUGGCGGCAAAGAAGAAGAAAGAGCAGUGUCAGGAGGGAUGGAAGCGGAGGAAGGUGGGCGAGAUGUGCCAGUGAAACAGAGCGUUCAUGAUCGUCUUACAGGUGAAGAUGAAGUACCUGUGUCUGCUCCUGCAGUCCCCAUGGACCAAAUUCCUCUAUUUAACAUGGACAGUGACACUGAUGUAGAAGGAGAGGAAGGGGUGGUUUCUGCAGGUUCAGUGGCCAUAAAUGCAAACCAAGUGAACACAGUUCACUUUCACAUGGAGAGUGAUAAUGAUGAUUCCUUAGACAAAGUCCCCAAAUCAGUGCCUUCUUGUGAUGAUGGUACUAAAUCUCCUCAUGCUCCUCCAGUGGUUCAGUUGCUGGAUAUUGCUUUGGACAGUGACACUGAUGUGGACGAUGAUGCCAGUACCGCAGGGUCAGUUGCUGCCACAAAAACAAGCCCCCCUUCACUUCAGAGUGCAGCUGAUGGUGUUCCCCUCACUCAGCCAAAAGAUUUUCAUUUGGACAGUGACACAGAUGCUGAGGAUGAAAAAGAAGAAAGUGAAAUGAAUAAAACUGGACUAAAAAUGGCUGAAAUUCCAACUAAAUCGGAUUUAAAGCCUUCUGAGUUUCAAUCCACCCCUGCUGUUCCUCAGAGCCUGGACAGUGACACAGACGAUGAAGUCAACCCUGCCAUCAGCAAAUGGCCUGCGGUGGCUACUGCUGCAGAAUCCUGCAUCACUGCAGCUGCAGGAGCUGACUUGGAGAUUCUGUCUAACAGUGACACAGAUCUGGAGGAGGAUGAUCCUUGUCUUCAAAAUGUUGCUGUCAAAGCUUUGUCAGUCACUCCUGCUGCUGCUCUAACAUCUCUUCACUCAGAUUCUGAUGCAGACACAGAUGUAAAUGAGUCCAACGGGCCAUCUGCCGGAGGUGUUGCUGACCUUGGCCUGGGCCGUGGUGCACAUUUGGAGGAUGAGCAGUGUGAUGAGGGUCAUAUACCUCAACCUGAACAAACACCUGGUCUACCAGUUCCUGAACUCCAGAUGUGUUCCACUCCACGUCAGUUCUCAGGAGGAUUAGCAGAGAUGGAGACUCAGGCUUUUCUGAGUCCCUCUUUAGAGCAUCUGAAACGCACACCAGCCCCCUCUAUAAGGCCUGCUUCUUGCUUAGGCAACCAGGAUGAUGACACUGUUGCUGAGACUCAGUCCUUUAUUGUUGAGAGCCAAGACUUCCCAUCAAGCCCUUCAGAUCAGCCUACACAAGCCUUUGGACAAGAUUCUUCUGAGGAUGAAAACCUUGAUCCGUCUAGUAGAGGAGGGUCUUUCCAGCUGGGACUGUCUGGCAGUAGUUACAUCCAGUGUCAGGCCCCGGCUGUAGCCAUGGAGAGCACUCAAGCAUACGUGGACGGCAGUUUGAGUUUGGAGGAGACCCAAGGCGAUGGAGGUGGUGAAGAGCUAGCAAAUUUUGAGAAGGAUGAUUGGGAAGGGUUGGGCACUACAGGCAACACAAAGCAUAUAUUUCAGAGUUGCCAAGGCCUUCCUGAGGAUGAAAGGAAAGAAGAUGCGCGUAAAAUAUAGCUAAUGCUGAGACUCAGCUGAUAGAAGUUCCCACUACGUUUCGGAUUUUGCAGUGGGCAGAAACCCAACCAUAUUUGCCUUGGAGGAAGAGAGAGAUGGGAACAAAAGACAAUCUUCUUUGCAUGUGGGCAACAUGUUGGCAUGAAAACCAUAAUGAAACAAAAGAUGAGCAGGAACAUGGCGAUGCAGCUAAAGAUCUGGAUAGACCUGUAAGUCAAGGUGUUUUUAUAGCUGAUACGCAGCCCAUGGUUGCUACUGAAGAUGAGGAAAGUGACGUGACGAGUCAUUCUACUUGAACAAAAAGAAAAGCAAAACCAUUACCACUUGAUGAAGAAGCAACACAAUCAUUCACAAAUGAAGUUUCUGCUGUUGAUACCCAGCCUACACACGGCAGUGAUGUUACGAUUCAGGCCACAGAAGAUGACCGAGAGUCAUUUCCACUCCCACUUGAAGAAGAGGAGACACAAACUUGCACUAAUUCAGAGCUCUCUGCUGUUGAUACCCAGCUCACACUUGAUAAAGUUAAACCUCAAUCCACAGCUGAUGAGGACUCAUUUCCAGGAGUUCAGCAAAGAAAAGCAAUGCCACUGCCACCUGAAGAAGAGGAGUCCCAGGUUUCAGCUCCUGAUACCCAGCCCAUGCGCACUGAUAGUGAUGAAACUCAUCACACCAGUCCAAGCGAAAAGGAGGAAAGUGAUGAUGAGAACUCAAUUCCACAGCUACGAAAAAGAAAAGUAAGGGCACUGCCACUUGAAGAAGAGGAUACACAAGUUUCUGCUGCUGAUACCCAGCCCAUGCACAUUGAUGAUGAUGAUGAUAAUGAAACUCAGGCUGUGCAUGCACUGGAAAACAAGGAAAACACGUCAAUUCCAAGUUCAUGUAAAAGAAAAGAAAAACCACAAGAACUUGAAGAAGAGGAAGCGCAGCAACUCAUUAGUUCUGAUCUCUCUGUUGCUGAUACCCAGCCCAUGCAAGACAGCGAUGAAGAAACUCAGCAUGUGGCAAUGUGUGAAGAUGGGAAGACUGAUAAUGAGGACUCAAAUGUAGGCCGCCUUAAGAGAAAA